GUGCUGCAAUAGUAGAAUUUUGUCGGAAGUAAUUUGUGCUUCACCAAAAUGGCCGCGCUAAUGUCUAUUUUCAAUGUUGAUUCUUUUUCAAAAUAACUUACGAAAUGUGUGUUAAAUUUUAGUAAAUAUAAAGUAAUAAAUCUGAGAAGUAGGACUUGAAUUAACGGUGCCGUUUUCAAUAUGUUUGAGAAAGCGUUCCGUGUCAAGUCCAACACAGUGAUAAAAGGAUCCGACAGGAGAAAGCUGAAAGUGGACAUAUCCACCUCCUUUCCCUCUCUGUCUGCGGAGGAACUGUCUGACUUGGUACCAAACAAAGAGGAGUUGAAUGUAGUGAAGAUUUAUGCCCACAAGGGAGAUGCAGUCACUCUAUAUGUUCUUCAUAAGAACCCAGUGUUCUUUGAACUUGAGAAACGCAUAUAUCCCACAGUGUAUACACUUUGGCGUUACCCCCAUGUCUUGCCAGCAUUCACAACGUGGCCUCCAGUGAUACAAAAGUUGGCUGGAGGGGCAGAUCUUAUGCUGCCUGGAGUGGUGGUGCCUUCAGGAGGUCUCCCGGAGGUGAAGAAGGGGGACUGCUGUGCUGUGAAAGUUGUUGGCAACAAGGCUCCAGUGGCAGUUGGCACUGCCACCAUGACCACUGCUGAGAUGCGGAGCCUGGCCAUGAAGGGCAGAGGGGUGUCCAUUCUUCACUCCUACCUGGACAGCCUGUGGGCGUUUGGAGACAAGUCUGGUCCUCCCUGCAUUCCUGAUGUGGACACUGAGGGCGUGGAGGGAGGGUUUCUAGAAGAAGAGGACGGUCAGGAGGCAACAGAGGCGGAUGCAGAGGAACCUUAUUCCAGCUCCAAUGCUGAUGAUAUUCUGGACUCGCCUUGUCCUGGCCUCCAGGAGAUCAGUUUGGCUGACAGGGAGGAAGAGGGGGAGAAGGGGAUAGAGGAAGCAGACAAAGAUCCGGAGGACCCAAGAAGCCCACAAGAGCAGAUGGAUGCCCUUUUGCUGCAGUGUUUCCUUCAUGCUCUCAAAAGCAAAGUGAAGAAGUCUGAGCUCCCUCUGCUGACCAGCACCUUCCUGCGCAUCCACAUGUUCUCCUGCUGUCCAAAUGGAAAGCAGCUUGAUAUCAAGAAAUCCAGCUAUAAAAAGUUAUCCAAAUUCCUCCAGAGCAUGCAGCAAGAGCACCGGCUGGUGAAGGUCAAGGAGCUGAGUAAAGGGGUUGAGAGCAUCGUGGAGGUGGACUGGAAGAACCGAGAACUGCGCUCCUUCUGCUCCCCUGAGGACCCUGGGAUAGAGGAGGCCCCUGUCGAGGUGGGGGGGGGUGGAGAGAGGCCCUACCGCCCCCCGGAGAUCACCUCCCUCUACAGCGUGUCCUCUCGUCUGGAGCCACUGUUUCAAGAUGCCAAUAUUAGGAAAGGAACGGUUCUUCAACCAGCGGAGGUGAGAACAAUCAUCACAGACUAUGUGAAGCGGAACGAGCUGGUGGAUGACACAAAUAAAAAUUAUGUUAUCAUUAACCCAAUCCUAUGCGACUGCCUUCUGGAAAAGUCUGAAUACCAGGAUGUGGAAGCACUCAAGUGGGACGACCUCUUCAGCAGGACGCUGGACAAAAUGCAACACUGCCACCAGCUAGUGUUCCCUGGCCUGCCCCCCGUAGUAAGGAAGGGCCCCCUCGAGCCCAUCGACAUCACAGUGGCAUCCAGAGGCUCCAACAAGAAGGUGACCAUCAUAAAGAACCUUGAGGUGUAUGGUUUGGACCCCGUGGCAGUGUCGGUGGCCCUCCAACACAGAGUCCAGGCCAGCUCAGCCCUGAACCCCGUGCCUGGCUCUAAGGACCGGGUCUCGGUCCAGAUACAGGGGAAUCAGGUCCAGCAAGUCGGCAAGCUGCUGCUAGAUAUGUACCAAAUUCCCCGUAAGUACAUUCAGGGGCUAGACAACAAAGUUCAGAAGCCUGGAAAGAAGAAAUAGUGGAACUUCACAAUUUCUCAAGUACGCAUAGCUAUUUAAAAAUGCCCCAAAAGACUAACUUACGUGUCUGUCGCGUUGGUGUUUUAUUUUAAAAUUAUUACCUUUACAAUAAAGGCUUUGUAACUUGCAAAUCCA